AUGCGCCGUCCUUUGCCCGACCCGGCUCGCCCGAGGGUCGCCUCAAGCGACGAGAUCUCAAGCGACGACAGCUCGUCGCGCUGCACCUCGGUCAAGGAGCUCGAGGCGGACAUCGGCGGGGCAUGGACGUCGCUCGACCUCCUCAAGCUCACGGUCGCGAUCGUUGGUGCCCAGCUCUCUUGGACGGUCCAAACCUCCUACGGGACGCCGUACCUUCAAGAACUCGGGCUCAGCAAGACGGGCACGAGCCUGGUGUGGUUCGCGGGCCCGCUCGGCGGCUUGAUCGUGCAGCCCAUCAUCGGCGCCCUCUCCGACACGUCCCCGUCACGGUACCGACGCCGCCAGUUCAUCGUCGCCGCCUCUGCCGUCAUGGUCAUCUCGACGACCGUCGUUGCCUUCGCGACUGCCCUCGCUCCCGGGCUCGUCGUCGCAUUCGUCGGGCGCGAGGCUCGCUUCGAGGAAAACGCCAAGGCGCUCAGCAUCGUUAUGGCCAUCAUCGGCGUGUACGUGCUCGUCGCCGCGUUCAACGCUCUGCAGGCGAGCGUUCGAGCCCUCGUUCUCGAUCUUGCGCCUGCUCGCGAGCAAUCCUCGGCCGACGCCUACCUGGCGCGCAACGUCAACCUCGCCAACGUGUGCGCCUACCUCGCCGGCUCGCUCGACCUCGACAAGACGCCGCUGUUGCGCUGGAUCGGCGCGGGCCAGUUCCGCAAGCUCGCCAUGCUCAGCUGUGCCGCUCUGCUCGUCACCGUCACUGUGACCUGCUCUACGCAGCACGAGCUCGAGCGUCCUGAGCUCCGGACCGCGGCGGGCGUGUGGAGCAAGAUCCUGGGCGUCGUCCGCAACCUGUCGUCGAGCAUUCGGACGCUUCCGAGGCCCGUCAAGAAGGUCUGCCUGGUCCAAUUUGCCCAGUGGUCCGCGGCCUUCCCCUUCAUGUUCUACACCACGACGUAUGUCGCAGAAGCCGUCUCGGCCGCCGUCGCCCCUGGUUCACCCGCUCCGUCCGCCGACACGGCCACACGCGCCGGCUCGUUCGCCCUCCUCCUGUACGCCAUCGUCGCCCUCGCCGCCGGUAUCCUCUUGCCCCACCUCCCGACGCUCGCGACGACCUUCCCCUCUUUGGCCCGCCGCACCGGACGAGUCGGCCGCCGAGUGCUCUGCGCCCUCUCGAUGCGCAACCUGUGGACGCUUUCCCUCGCCUGGCACGCGCUCUGCAUGACGGCGACGUUCUGGGCGGGCAGCGUACGCGAGACGACUUGGGUCGUUGCCCUCGCCGGCCUGUCUUGGGCGGUGACGUGCUGGGUGCCGUACGCUCUGGUCGGCGAGGCCAUCUUCGAGGCCGAGGCCAAGGACGCGAGCGCCGAGCUGCACGCUGUGGCGGACUCGGCCGCUCUGCGUGCGUCGCUCCUCGGAGUUGACGUGCGCGGGCGAGCCGCUGCUGCGGCCGACGAAGCUGGCGGGACCGUCCUCGGCGUCCACAACCUGGCCAUCGUCCUUCCUCAAUUCGUGGUCGCCGCCCUCGCCGCGCUCAUCUUCCGGCUCUCGUCGAGCUCAGCGUCCGCUCCGGACGAGCGCGACAGCGGCACCGUGUGGGUCCUGCGCCUCGGCGGGCUCGCUAGCGCCGUCGGGGCGGUCGUCUCGCGUUGGCUCGAGGAGCCGAUGAGCGAGCGGCAGUACCGUGCUCGGCUCUCGCGCAUCGGCGACGGUCGGCGAGGCGAGGUUGCAGACGAGGAGGCGCCUGCCGCCGGCUGUCGAGGCGGUUGAGGACCUGCAACGAGCCCCACUCCCCUUUGCCGCCCGC